UAUCAUUUCGAUAAAUAACAAUAUUUUGUUUACCGACUGGUGCGGCAAAGCGAAGCGAGUUGAUUGUUGACUACCUGUGCGAAGAAUCCUCGACUUACCCAAAAGUAUUAAACCCGAAAGAACCGAAUCGCUGACAGGUCAGCAAUCAACAGGCAGCGCGAUUUUCUCAUAUUUGUAAUGCUUGACUACAUGUCAGCAUUGCAUAUAAGUACAGCACGCUCAACGUACAACAUGGACAGAACCUCGGAUGCCGAUGCGUGUUCGAUGUCUUCGCUUGAAAGCGAAAGUGAUUUGUCGCUGGCCCUUGAGCACGACAUGGGCGAUCCGGUAGACUGCGACGAGCUGCCUGCCUUCGAAAUACGGGCUUACUCGCCACAUGGACGCACCCCAUCGCCAAUUGAUGAUUUUAAUGUAUCGGAUAUCGAAACGCCAAAGCAGAUACCAGCCCAACAGCGCAGUCCUGGGCGCCAGAACAAUCCAGAGUUUGUAGCAUUGCAUGAGAUCAAUGCACAAAUAAGUGCACCUAACCACAAUCAAGAUGAAUCAACAGUAGGCCUGAAGCAUGCCAACAGCUUGGAAACUAUUUUUGAAGGCGUGUUUUUGAAUACACCACCGCGUGAAAAGCUCAACAAAAGUGCAGGUUACGGCUCGAAUCCGAACUCGGCCAAUCGCUAUACGCCAAAACGAAGUCGCGCCAACCUAAUGGAAUUGGUGGCAAUGAAUCGUCUGCAUCUCGAUGGACAGGAAAACCAAUCACCAUGCAAUCAAUUACAAGAUGAGCUUACCUAGUUUCUAUAUUCUGGGCAAACAAUGCCGGAACCAAAGCCAUAUAUGACACAUUUGCUUAGACUGCCACUGAUUUUCUAGAUUUAAGUUAGGUACACUUUGUGUAUCUCAAUGGAUAAGCAUUAUUUUUAUAUAAUUUUAUAUUUUCGAUGCUGAAUUUAAAAAGUAAAACAUCUGUCUUUCCAUGUUUCAAACAUUUAA